GUAACCUCCAGCCGGAAGUCCCAGGGCCGCCUGCGGAGGGGUGGGGGCGGGGAGCCGCGGGCGGAGUGCGGUCAGGAUGGCGGCUCAAAUCCCAAUCGUGGCUGCCCCUUCUACCCCCACCAUAGCCAGGAACAGCAAGAAGAGGCCGGCCAGCCCGUCCCACAACGGCAGCGGAGGGGGAUACGGCGCCAGCAAGAAGAAAAAGCUGUCCGCCUCCGGCUUUGCCCAGGGUGUCAGCAUUGAAGCCAUGAGUGAGAAUAAAAUGGCGUCCUCUGAUUUUAGUUCGGGGCCUGUGGAAAAAGCUGCCAAACCGCUGCCAUUUAAGGAUCCCAACUUCGUGCACUCCGGCCACGGCGGCGCAGUAGCUGGCAAGAAGAACAGAACCUGGAAGAACCUCAAACAGAUCCUCGCUGCUGAAAGGGCGUUGCCAUGGCAACUGAAUGAUCCUAACUACUUUAGUAUUGAUGCUCCCCCGUCCUUUAAGCCCGCUAAGAAGUAUUCUGAUGUUUCAGGCCUUCUUGCCAACUACACAGACCCCCAGAGCAAGCUGCGGUUCAGCACCAUCGAAGAGUUCGCCUACAUUCGCAGGCUGCCGUCUGACGUGGUCACAGGCUACCUGGCCCUGAGGAAGGCCACGAGCAUCGUUCCCUGAGCCUGAGGACUGAGAUGAAGAGGACGUGGCCUCCAAACCAGGCCCUGCACUUGUGAUUUUGUUUCAUGGAAACAGACAUGUUCUGCUGUCAGUCUGAGAGUGUCAGCUCUGUGCCUUGGAAAGAAUGACUUACCAUGAGGGUCUUUCUGGCUUUUUUUUCCCCUCCAGGUUUUUCCCUUUCUGGUUUUUUUUUUUUUUUUUUUCCAUCUCAUCUUUGACUUCAGAUGUUGACUCAAGUGAAAAUUGUUUGAUAAGAAAAUACAGUAAAAAUUAUGCUUUUAAAUUAACCCAAGCAAGUCCCUGAAUUUUACUUGAAAGUUGCCAACCCUUGUCCAACAUUUUCAAAGAAUGUGCAAUGAAGACCCAGUUCUCGAUUGUCCUGAAGCCUAGCGAGCAUGUUGGCCCUUCCCUGGAUCAGAAGCGUCUGUCUGUCUGUCUGUCUGUUUUCCACUGUGCUGUCAGGAGUUUGGACAUUCUGAUUGACUUCACCCAUCAUGGCAUGUCUGCUGGCGAUUGUCUCUGCUACAUGGUGAAUUGAGGCACUGGCCUCCGGGCCCCAAAGGAUAAAUUCAGCUCGUAAAAGGAAAAGUAAUUAACCAGAUCAAAGAAACAGGUUUUGGAGGCUUAGCACUUAAGAGCACUUGUUGCUUUUGUGGGGGACCCAGGUUUGGUUCCUAGCACUCACGAGGUGACUCACAACUAUCUCUAGCCCCAGGUCCAGGACACCCAGUACCCUCUCCUGACCUCUGAGUACACCGGGCAUGCACAUGCAUACAUGCAGCAAACCGUCACACAUAUAAAAAUAAUAUAUUUUUUAAAAAUCGUAUUUUCUUCUUCAGACCACACUGAUGUCCAAGCUGCUCUGUCGUGAGUCCUUCUAAUACAUGCUGCAUGUCUUCAUUAUAAGAGAGGAGCCCUGCGGUGUGCUUCAGAGUGGCCAGAUGUUAGAGAUGCACCUUGCGGAGCUGGGGUGAGGAAGGCUGUGCACUGUAGUUGCUUUCCUCCCAAUGACCAAAUGCCUGGCAGGAGAAAUACACGUCCCUUGCUGUGGGAAAGGCGUGACAACGGAUCGGGAGUCAGUUGGCCACACUGCAUCCAUGGUCACGUAGCAGAGAACAGACAAGAAGGGAGGCUGGACUAAAACACCUCAAGGCCUGCCUCUAGUGACCCACUUCCUCCUGAGGGGCUCCACCACCGUGGCACAACUCAACCUUCCAAAACUUUGCCACCCACCACUGGGCACCAAGGGCUCACAUGUAUUUUAUGUUGAAAUCAUGACACCGUGUCUCCCGAGUUAAAGCAUGUGUACAUCCUGACUUCAAGUGUGUUUUGUAGCUGGUGAUGGUACCUAACUUAGGGCAUUCCAUCAUCAAAUAGCACAGGUGCCCUCUGGAGAGGUCACAAAUGAUGCCUUAUUAUAUGAAACAAUGUUAUUUCCAAUAAAGUUCUCAUCUGAGAGAAGGUGUGAGCCUUAUUUGGAUCUUGGUUCAAACAAAAAGCUUAAAAUAUUUCUGAGACAAUUAUAAACUUGAUAGAUUUUGAUGUGUGAAGAUAUAUAGGGAUAUUUAUGAAUAAUUUUAAUUGGAAUGCUGGUAUCAUAAUGUUAAAGGAAAGGGUUCAUAUUUUGGAGACAAAGGCCAACUUAGCAUUAAUGGACAGAGCAAUGUGAUAUCUGCGAUGUGUUUUAGGAUGACGUGGGAGAGAGGAAAUGGAUGGAAGUAGUGUUGAAACAAAUUGGCCGUGAGUCAACUAUUGUGUACCAAGUACACGGAAGUUCAUUACAUCAUCCAACUCUGUAUGUAUUUUAAUUUCUCCAUAAUAAACUUAACAAGGACGCCGUA